AUGGUGCGAGUUUCCCGCGUCGUUUGUUCGUCCUUCGGGGUUACGAGAAACAAUUUAGAAGGCCUGGCACAAAUGACAGACUGCCACCGCUUGACAGGCUCCUCCAGCUUCGCCAGCAGGGGGCCCCCAGUACUUUUGCUUUUUGACAGGGCUCCACACAAACAGGUUGCACCACCGCAGUCUGUGUUUUCCAGCCAGACUUUCACGCCACCUGCUCCCAGAGAGGAGCCUGUUCCCGUGUUCCCGGGGUCAAGGAAGAAACGGGGCACUGCCGGCUUCUUUGAAUCAUCCUUCGGCUCAAGCUUUUCUGUAUCUUCCUCACCAAUUCCAGCCCAAAGCACUUCGUCUAAUGACGCAGAUGAGCCGGCUGCUGACGGCGCUUACCCCGUCGCUGACGGCUCUGAAGGUGCCGGGAUGUUCGUCGAGUACAGUGUGGAGUCGGUAAGAGAGGCGUUACGCCGGAAAAAUCGCAGCAGUGAAGCCAGGAAGACGGCUGCCGCCACGUCGCAGUCUUCAGCUCUUGGUACAGGAUAUUGCGUCCAAAAAGGCAAUAUGAGGGCAGGAACGUGUGCUGUUGGUAAUGCGGAAACGACGAGGAAAGACAAGCGGCGGCGCAAAACACUUUUUCAGUCCAUGGAGGAUGCAGAGCUGGCUGUCGUUACACCUGAUGACCUCUCAACCCAGCAGUUGCUCUACGUGCUCGGAAGGGCCUGCAUCCUGGCAAGUGCACCGAUGAACCAUUUAGCGGGAAACGAAGAUUCAGAUGUGCGCAUACUCCCGCCAGAACAGUGGAGGGCGCUCUUCAGGAGCCUCAGAAGGCGAAUCCUCGAACUUGACCCCAUGGAAAUCACGCGGGCUUGCCAAGGCCUUGCAUAUGCAAAUAGAAUCAUCGACGCCGUAUCAAGGAGGCACGCCACUGGCUGUGCAUUCGCCUCAGAAAGAGAGGCCGUGGGAGAAGGUAGCGGCUGGUGGGUGGCUAAGGCGGAGUGUGGCGCUGCCUUUGCAGAGCUGCAGAGGCACGUCGCUACACACAUUCACCUGCUUCAUGGGGACUGCCUCUCAAGAGUCAUCUACGCUACUUUGAAGGGUGGAUUCCAUGAAAGCGUUGGAUUUGUAGAGUUUGUCUGCUCCGAAGUCCUUAGCAGGUUAAACAGCCUUCGGCCUUGGCACGUCUUCCGCAUUUUCCAGUCUAGCGUUUCUUCCGCAGAAAACGUCGGUCAGGAUUUCAUAGUUUCUCUAGCGCAGCAUCUGGUCAAGAACCUCGCCUUCCUACCAGCAGAAAGUAUAGGGACUCUGAUUCCAUCUCUCGUUAAAUUGAAAAUCUUUGAAAGCUCGAGUAACUUGGCCAAACUGAACGUCAUUGCAGGGAAGAGAUUCAGGGGCCUGUCAGAGAGCACACUGCUUGUUACACUGGGAGAGCCAUUGCUUUCGUACGGCCUCUUGACGCCCGUGAAUGUAGUAGCGCUUUUGAAAGGCCUAAUAAGAACCAAUGCCCCAACGUCGUAUCCGGUUCCUCUAUCAUCCAGUUUUGAUGAAUCUCUACCAUCAUGGCAUACAGCCUGCGUUGUAUUGCAUAAAGUCAAUAAAGUCUUGUUGCCUCUGAAGAGAAUGGAGAUGCAAAUCCGUCAUGGCCACCAACAGCUGUUUGAGAACUUGAGUCCUCCCAUUCGUUCGUUUCUAGACAAAGUGCGGCAUGCCAAGUUAAAGUUGAGCAGCUUUGCUCCUCCAUUGGAGCAACAGCAUGUGAAUGCGCCUCUUUUGCGAGUCGCCUCUGCUCUCUAUUACCUGCACCCUUCCCUCUACGGUCCAUUCUUGCUGGAACUCUCAGACCCUCUGAGCAGAGUUGCGGUCGAAUGGGAUACCCCAUGGCUACUCUUUCCCCCUUGGAACCAAUUCUCCCAAAGGACUUUUGGAGAACAGAGGCACAGGCAUUUGCGGGACGAGGGGUGGCAAUUAAUACUUCUGCCUCUCCGUCCCUUCUUGGAAGCAAAGACUGAGGCAGCAAGGGAAAGGUACAUACGUUCAGCGAGCUGA